AUGGUCAAGGUCGCUUCUUUCAACGCCGCAGUGGCGCUUGCCCUUGCGGGCUCGGCCGCCGCCGGCCGCUCGUCGAGAUUGCACAACCGACAGAGCUCUGGAUCCAUCAUGCAGUCCGACUACCAGAACGGUGCCGCCGCACCUGGCGCUCGUCAGGGCGAUGCUGCCGGCCAGACCGUUGUCAUCAACAACAACGGCGGCCACGACGACAACUCGCAGCGCGCCGGAUGCCCCACCAUCUUCAUCGGCUCUGCCGCCGUCGGAGGAUCCUUCUCUUCGGGGUGGACCGACAUGCCUCAGGUGCUCGGUUUCGACACGAUGCGCGACCUGACCGUCGGUAGCAACGUGGUGCAACCGUACAUUAUCGAACGUGGCAAGGACGCCGCUCAGAUCAAGCGCGUCGUUAUCACCCAGCCCGGUCUGCCGCGAGACUACUGGAAGUACGCCAACCUGGUGCGCAACUCGCUGCUCUGCGCCUCGGCCAACUCGAGCAUGGGCAUCAACAGGGACGAGAUCCUUAUUGCCGCUCCUACCUGGUUCGACACGGACGAUGCGUCCGCGGGUUCAGCGCAAUCCAACGAUCUCGUCUUCAACGGAGGAGCGUGGGCUACCGGCGUCAACUCUGCCGGUCCCAACGGAGAGGCCAUCUCGUCGUUCGAAGCGCUCGACGAUCUGGUCAACAAGUUCUUUGACAAGUCCACCUACCCCAACGUCCAGCAGGUCGUCAUUGCAGGCCACUCGCUCGGAGGAUCCUUUACGCAGCACUACGCCAUGCUGCGCAAAUCCAACUCGGCGCAGGACGGCAUGAUGAGCUUCUUUGUCGGCAACCCCGGUUCCUACGUCUGGCCCAUCUCAGACCGACCGAUUCAGAACCCCGGCGGGAACUGCGGCAGCUCAUUCGAUCAGUGGAGCUACGGUCUGCAGAGCCUCCCCUCAUACGGAAACGGCCAGGGAGGCGCCAGCAGCAUCGCUUCGCGCUACUACGGCCGCACCGUCAUGUACGCUCUCGGCCUGAGCGACAACGAGGGUGGUGACAGCCACUGCGAAGCGCAGUACCAAGGGACAUCGCAUCUCACGCGUGGUCAGAACUUCCAGCGCGCGUUGCAGUCGGCCAACGGUGGAAACGUCCCCUCGAGCCAGCAGUUCAACUAUGUGGCCAAUGUGGCUCACGAGGACUACUUGAUUUUCAGUGAUCCCAACAGCCAACACUUCUUGUUCGCUCAGGGCACCAACUUUGCCGCUACCGCCUCGUCGUCGUCAGCAGCAGCAAGCUCUACAGCGGCACGAAGCAGCAGCAAGGGUUCCUCGGCAGCCGCUGGUUCGGCGACUGGCUCGGGAUCGUCCGCUGCACCAACCAGUUCCCAGACAAGUUCGUCGGGAAGCAGCAGCGGCGGCGCAUCCAGCCUUGUCACACCUGCAGCAGCCGUUUCGGCCUUGUUGGCGUCGUCUGCUGCACUGCUUGCCUUUGUGUUCUGA